AAUAAGAGUUUCAUCAUGAUACCUGAAAAUAGUUCAUUUUUCAAUAAUUCGACCUUCAGUGGUGAUCUGCUUUUGGCUGUAAAAUGCCCCCACAGCCUUAUCGGUUUACCUGUUUCAGGAAUGCUAAGUUCAGUGACUUGUCAUCCACAUGAAAUGCUGGUACCGUAUUGUCAACAAGAGAUCUGUUUUACUUUGGUUUGUAGGUCAGCCCCAUCCCAAGCUGCUGCUGCUCCUGCAGGAGGUCCACCAGGAGGGCCAGGAAAUCCAGGAGAUGGAGGACCUACACAACCAGUCAAUACCACCAGCAACAGAAGGCUGCAGCAAACACAGGCUCAAGUCGAUGAGGUGGUGGACAUCAUGCGAGUGAAUGUGGACAAAGUCCUCGAGCGAGAUCAGAAGCUAUCAGAGCUUGAUGACCGGGCAGAUGCUCUCCAAGCUGGGGCAUCACAAUUUGAAACAAGUGCUGCUAAGCUGAAGAGGAAGUAUUGGUGGAAAAACUGCAAGAUGAUGAUUAUACUUGGAGCAAUAUGUGCAUUCAUUAUCAUCAUUAUCAUAAUCUAUUUCUGCACCUGAGGAGAAAGAAGUCCGACUGAAAAUGCAGCUCAGCUUUGUUCUCGUCAGCCAUACCUUCUCCAGUGUCAGAUAUUAUUUAUUAAUCUCUGCUUAUAACCAUGGUUGUUUUUAUUUUGUCUUUAAGCUACCCUAAUUAUUCAAAAGGGUACAUCGAUUGAUAUCUAAAUCUGAAUAACAAUUUAACCAGCUAUUUACUGCCGAAUAGUUAUGUAUGUAGGUUCAUGUCUUAAACAUUCCUAGAUGAAACUAGCACAAUAUAGUUUGGCCUUCAAUAGUUGGAUCAUGUUUCUGAAUAUAUCUCUGUGACAUUUUUCUGACUUGUCAAGUCAUCCCGAGGUAAUUGUCUGAAAUGCCUAAAGCCUUAACAACCAUCAGAACAAAUCCCAGACUUAAAUUGUACAAUAUAAAAUCACCAGAAAUUUGUAACAUCUUGGAUCUGAACAUAACAUUCCAGUUUUAAAACAAGUUAAUCAUUGCAUUGCAGAUCUUACACAUGAUGAUACAAAAUCAAAAAAUUAGGCUUGGUGUUAGUACUAUGAACAUAACAACUGAGUAAUAAAAUUAAACAGACUGUUCAAUAUUUGGAGCUGUCUCAGAUCAGAUAAAAAAAGUCCCUGAAAUGUUAAUUGAUUUUAAAGUAUAACAAGGUCAACUUUAGGCUGAGUAAGGGUAAUUGCAUGACCAUAGCCUUCAGCACAGAGCAAACAAUGUUUUGUUUAGGAUAUGUGAACAUUUGCUGGGUUUAGGGAUUAUGUCUGACAGUAACUGGUUUCUCAGAAUAGAAAUCUAUCCCAAAUUGUCUGUAGUCAGUAAACCAUGUGGAAUAUAUCAAACUUUUACUAAGCUACACACAGUUCCAAUAAACUUGUUGAAGAGAAAAGAAAAUAAUGAUCCAAAUUUGACAUACUAAAAGUUUGACUAGAAAUGCCGCCUUCAAAAUCGAGAUUAGAGACACCCUUGAAUUUAUUUGUGACAACAAUCAUGACCAAUCGCACAAAUUGGACAGAAAUCACACAAAUUGGAUACAGGGGGUGCAGUAAUUUCCUCUAAUCAUUUGUUUCCUUUUAUGCCCAAUAUAAAAUUCCGAUGGAUUAAGUUCAGCUGAUUUUUCCAGCCAUUUUGUUCUUCAUUAUGAUUUUAGGAUUUAAAGCAGGACUGACAGAUGUCAAUCUGCACCACAAAUUUCACGAUUACUGACCUAAUCUACAGUUCAUGUACAGAUUAAUGUAAACAUAUUUGCUGUACAACAUCUGUAUAUUGGCACCUCCAAUACCAAUUCCAAUAGUAAAGAAGCAAUAGUACCAAGAAGCACCCAAGUAAUGAAAGCAUGUUUUUGGCCAUUUCAUCCAGCCUGAUCCAUCAUUGACAGAGUUGAUGCCCAUGAAAUGCUGCAAAUGAUGUGGGCAUCUGCCUGAAUCAUGUUCACAACCCAAACCCAAGACUUAGAACAGGGUCAGUUCUAUACUGUGGCACAGAGACUCAGUCUGGACUUUGCAAUCUCGCCUAAUUAUAGUGAUUUUAUAUAAAAUAGCAGAGGCAAUCACUGUAUUUAAAGUCUGUGAAGUCUCCAGGAUUACAUUAUAUUAAUAAAGUAUUGCCCAAUUAUCAGUCGCUUUUCAGAAUAGAACUUGGGUUGUGGAAAGAAAGAAACAAUAAUUAAGAAAAUAGUGUAAGCAACAAUCUUCCUGUUUUGGUAUAAAUAGAGUAUAUUCAAUAUCUGCAGCAGACCUAUUCACUUCGAUCAUUUGUGGAUUGUUUGUCAAAUGGCAUGGGUGUCACUAAAGAUCUCUUUUUACAAGACCUAUAAAAUCCCAUCUUCUGAGCAGACAGAGUUACUUAACAAAAGAUUGAUUUCGACCAGACCAUUGUACCAUCAUGGCAUACCAAUGCAGGAAAAAAGAGAUUGAUUUUUCAUGUGAUUUCUUUUCAACAAUCAAACAGAAUGUGCUUUGAAUGGGCCACAGAAUUUAAAUACCAUCCAAUCCGUGACCUGGGACCUGACUGUAAAUAACUUGCAGAACCCUGAAGUUCUCAUAUUUUUUAAAAUUUCAAUUUUAAAUCAUCAUUCCCUGAUUAAAACUGAUAUUUCCACACUUUUGCAUGAUGUCCAUUUUUUUUCUUUUGGUUUAUAAUAUCUUCAUUAAGGGUCUUUUCUUAUUCAAAGGUCUUAACUUUCUGGAUCCCCUAUUCACUGAAAUUAUCUUAUGUGAUAUUAGAAUGGAUUGCAUAAUCUAUUUUUAAAAUGUUGGGUUAAUAAGUGUUUACCUCCUUCUUCCAUUAUUGUAUAUAUGGUGUAAUCUGUAAUGUGCUAUCCUCUGAAACCGUGAAAGGGGAACUGCAGAAUACAUGCAUCCCUAUUUGCUAAAUGUAUUGUAAGUAGUUUGAUUGUACACUGAUUUUGAAAGCUUUGUGUAUAUUUCCAUGCUGUACAUGCAUUCCUGCAGUGUCCCACAAAAGUAAAAAUAAUAUAGCUUUACAGCUUUAUAUUUCAUACAUCUCCCCUCCAUUUUUAAGUUUUAGUAUUCCCUUUACUAUUCUUAAUUCCCCUACACACUGGUCACAAUCAGUGGAAGGAGUCAGUUGUUUGGUCUUGAACUCUGUGUCUGCUAAUGCCACCAGUUGAAUUUACUCAUGGGAUACUGUACAGUUGAAGCCUUUGCAACUGUCCUCUCAUCAUUUUGUUGUCUCCCUUUUUCUGCUGCUGUGAAAGUGUUCAGUCUCACUUCCCACCUGUCCCUUCAUGCUAUAACCUGCUGGAAACUGUAUCCACCCUGAAUGGAAACCUUAAAUCCUUCCAUUUCUUUAUGGUGCAACACCUUGGUAAUGAGCCACUGUGACCACCUUGCCUUAUGACUUCUGAUAGUUUUUUGAGUGAUGUGAUUACCUGAAUCAACUAUGUUCUCAUGGCAGUCAGAAGUUUACAGUCAGUUUUAAACUGAAGGUCCACUUCACCAAAAAUUGAAAAGUCACUUUUUAAAAAAAAGUUUUCUGAUGAUUUAUUGAACAAUUUGAUGCUUGUUGUUAAAUUAAACUGUACUAUUGCCAACAGGAUCAAUCCACAGAGGAUACAGUGAGCGUUUCAUGACCCAAACUUAAGUUUCCCCAUAUAUAAAACGUUUGACUAAUAUGGUGUAGUUUGUAUGAUGCUUCAGAAUUUUAUUUUUCCAAGUUAUGGAGAAUAUAAGGAUAAUUAAUUAUUUCACAGAUCUGACCACUGACAAUAUUAUCAAGUUUAUUCUUUUUACAUUUGAAUAUUUGAACUGAUUUAUUCUCAGCACUGUUAAGUGAAUGUAGUCUUCAACAGCCCGUUCUUCAACUUGUUCUGAUUUAUUUGUGAACAGCUGCUGUGCAACAUUUGGCCAUACCAAACUUACAAUACUCCUUGUGAGUUCAAGCACUGCAGUCAAUUUUUCAAAUGGAAUAAUCUUGUUUAAAAAAUGAAUGAAGUGGAAGGAGUAUUGAGAGGGGUCCAUAGGCGUGCUUCGUACAGUCGUUUUUAUAAAAAUGCAUUGGUUGAAAUUAAGAUGUGUGACUUCGGUAUAGGAUAAUAUUAAUGUGUUCACAUGGACUUCUUCUGUUCAUUAAUUUAAGAAAGGCACUAACCUAUUUAAAAUAAUCAGCAACACAUUUUCACACCAUUCCACCACUGAGCCUUGCCUACUUCUUUCUAUCGAGGCCCUGUUCUCUUCUUCACUUUGAGCUUUGGUUCUCCUGACCCCUUCACAUCAUCAUUCAGCUCUACCUUCUCAGGAACCAGAUUCUCCUUUCCCCUCUGAGCACCCAUCUGUCUCUUGCCUUUUGGGUUUUUCCCUUUCAGACUCCAGUUCUCCUUUACAACUCCCUGACACCCACCUAAUCCCUUCCCGGACUCCAGUAUUUUGAGAAUGCAUCAAUUUCAUUAAGAAACAGAGGAAAUGUAAAAUUCCACAAGUAACCAUAUAACUGGAAGUAUUUUAGCUCUUUUAUUUAAAUUAAGUAUGGAAUUGCUGUUGACCUGCAUCCGUAAUGAUGGCACAAUAGCUGGGCCUACAUCACACUUUUGUUUUAGGUUUAGAAUUGGUGGUUAAAUUUAGAAGUUUGCUUAUUAUUACUUAUUCAGGUGAGUUGUUAGCGACUUUUUUUUAGUUAGAGUAGUUGGGGUUAGGUUCAGGGUCCACAAUUAACUUUAGGGUUUGGGGACAAGGUAUCAGGGUUGCAAUUAAGGCUUUGAUGUUCAGGUUAAAGUUGGAAGUUGAUAGUUUGCAUUAGAACUAUGGGUCAGAACCAGGGUUAAAAACACAAACAGAAAUGUGUCGUAACAAGAAGUGACAAUCCAUGACAUUGUCACCAGACAUGCUCAGAAGAAUAAUACUUGGGACUGACCUUAGAUAACAGGACAUCCGAAAUAUUAACUUAGUCUAGAUUAAUACAAGGUGAAAUUUAUAUAGAUUUCACCUGAUUUCUGUUGUUAAAGACAGCUUAGCCACAGAACAUUUCAGCAGUUCUUUGGAGGGGAAAGAAACAUUGGGAAAUGCUUACUGUAAGUCAGAUUGCUCGAUUAAUUUGUUGAAAAAAUUAUACAAGGCAUAUUUUGUUGUACCUUAGUAGGUAGUGGAAUAGAGCUCAAUGAAAUAUGUUGGAGAAGGAAACUGAGAAUGCAGGAAAUGGGUCAGUCAGUAUUUAAAAGAAAAAAUGACAAAUUAAUGUAGGCGGGACUUUGUGUCAGAGCAGAGGUUUCAAUUUUUACUUCAGACCUCCAAGAUUUCUUUAUCUCAAUGAAAAAUACCAGAAUUGAAGAAACAUACUAGCUGAAAAUAAAUGGACACCUACAAUGCUGUUGUUAAUUUUCUAUAAUGGUUUUGGAAUAUUGUUAUACCACAAUUUAGAAAAAUUGUAAUGUUUUAUAUCUUUUUGCUCUCAAGGACAUUCCAAUGAAUCUGUAGUUGUUAGUAUUUUUCUUUAAUGUCUUAUAGUACUUUAUAACGUUAACCUGUAAGAGCCAAAACUGGAUUUUCUAAGUGCUUAACCUGGAGGUGAGUGCAUUUCUGUCCCUGUCCCACCUAACAGCACCACCACCCCACUAAACAUAAAUCAUUGGGAAUUGCAUGGAAAUGUUGCAUUAGGUAUUUACCAAUUUGAUGUCGCAAUGAUGAACCUGUUAACACUGAGUUUGUAUUCUGUGUGUGCGUGAGCGUGUGUGUGUUUUUAUUUAAAUUGGUGAAUGCAACUUCCAUGUUAUGUGCAACAUUGAUGUAAUUGUCUUGGCAAAUAAACUUUUGUUUUAAAAAACA